AGCCUUAAUAUAGGCUGUAAAAUUCGCGUCGGGAAAAUUCUAUUGCAUAUUUCAUGGUGCAUCAAGUAAAUGACUCCCAUUAGUGCGCCCUAAUCUAUUAUUUGUGUGCUUCUGCAGUUUGGAUUUACUUAACUUUGUAUUGCUUGGGUUUUGGGAACUGGUCGCCUGGAAUUAAACUUAGACUUGCACUUGGACAAUGAUGCCGCAUCUAAAGUUGUCCGGUGUUGUUGGUGCGGCUGCUGGUUUUGUUGUGAUUUGAUUUGGUGCCACUUGCUAGCUGAUCUUGUUGCCGCAUUGCUGUUGGCCAGAAGUUGCUGCUGUUGCGGAGGGGCAGCGUUACAGUUCGGAAAAUCGGUCAAUGGAAACGGGCUUGUAAGCAGGUGCAAUCGCUUGCAGAGCCACAAAACACAAGACCCAGAGGCCAGGAGAGAUUGGAGCCACAGGCAUGUCGCUUAAGAAGGAGACACCCUCGGAUGUGCAACUGCACAUGGCAGCUAUGAGGGGAGAUGAGGUGGCUCUGCUUCGAGUUCUGGACAGCGGAAAAGUCCACGUUGAUUGCAAAGAUGAGGACGGUACCACCCCACUAAUCUUGGCUGCUGCCGGAGGACAUACGUAUUGCGUGAUGGAGCUGCUCGAUCAGGGAGCUGAUCCGAACUCUCGUCGUCUCACGGGCACCACGCCCCUCUUCUUCGCCGCCCAAGGCGGUCAUCUGGAUGUGGUGAAGAUCCUGAUGAAGGCGGGAGCUAAUGUGGACACGCCCUCUGCGGAUGGAGGCACGCCCCUCUUUGUUGCCGCCCAGGGCGGUCACGUGAAAAUCGUACGCGAGCUUCUGGACUGCGGAGCAAAUGUUAAUGCCCACAUGAAGGAUCGGGCGACACCUGUGUUUAUAUCUGCCCAGAAUGGUCAUCGGACGGUUCUGUCGCUGCUAAUUCAGGCUGAUGCGGAAAUCGAUAUCAAGCGAAUAGACGGUGCCACGCCCCUUUGGAUAGCCGCCCAAAUGGGCCAGGAUCACAUAUGCAAGGUGCUGCUGCAAAACGGUGCCAAUGUGGACACGGUGCGCUGCGAUGGCGCCACUCCUCUGUUUAAGGCGGCACACAAGGGACACGCUGCCGUAAUCACCGUGCUGCUCAAAUACCGGCCUAAUCUUGGCCAGCUGCCCAAUGGAGAGAGCGCCCUCCAUGCCGCGGCCAUGUUCGGCCACAUGACCGUCUGCAAACAACUGGUGGCAGCUGGCAGUGAUGUCCUGCUGAAGAAUCAGGAUGGACUGACGGCUCUGCAGUUGGCGCACCAGCAGAAGUACACCUCCAUCUGUGAUUAUCUUCAGGAACGGAUCCGGACAAUGGUGGCGCGCAGCGCGAAGGCAAUGGUCACGUCCGGAGUAUCGUCCACGGUCAAGACGAUGUCGGCGUAAGGGGAUAACAGCUUUUGAGAGACCACGCCUCCAAAGUACCUUUAUGCACAAUACCUUGGCCUUUUUGCUUGUGCCCGAUAAAGAGGCAAGGGAUUAGAGUGUUUUAUCGAAACUGAGCAAAAGUUAUUUGGAGAUAAAUUGGAAUCAAAGGUGAAAAAUGUUAUAAGCCAAUGAGAAGCUUGUUAAAGAUUUCAACGAACCUCAACUUGUUUUGCUCGGUGAAACACUCGCUCCUGCACAAAAAAUAACCAAAACUAAAAACCAAUAGUAAGAACACGUCCAAACUAAACUUAAUGGCCUCCCCCAAGGAAACCAAACUAUUUAUUAAAUAAGCCGAAUCAUUCAUAUUAAAAACCACUUGGAGCUUGUAUUUUGAAUUUAACAUUAACCAUAACAAUAACGUUAACGUUAACAAAUACUAUAUAAAUGUUAACAAGGACCCGAAAAGAGAAUGUUACAAUGCCCCCUGUACAUAACCAUAUAUAUAAACUUAUAUUUAAAUUAUAUCUAAAGCUAUUUAUAGACCUACUCUACCCUAAGCAAUUGUUGACAAGUGCUUUAAGUUUAAACGCCUUUUUGUCCAUAAAUUAGAAAUUAUUUACAAUCGAUGGCUUUCUGCUUGUUUCCCUGUAAAGUAGAUACGAUAAUUAAUUAAUUUCUUACUUUAUUACAUUUUAAGUAUAGCCCACAAUUUUGCAAGUUUAAUAAAUUGACACACGAUUAA